UGAUUUAAAUUUAGAUUCUACAUAUUAGAGAAUUCUGAAGUAACAUUCUUACCGUCGAACGGAGAAGAAAUUUUUAAUCAUCGGAGUAACUCAUCAUGAUAUUUUCCUGCGUAAUUCAAAGUAUAAAUUCGCAACAGUGGGUGCAUCGUACGAUUUUAUUAGUGUUUCUUUAAUCGAAAAAACUUUAAAGUAAUCCAUAUAUGUACACAAGAUUAUAAUAUAUAAUUUGUGCGUUUAUAAUAUCUCAUUACAUAUUAUAAAUAAGUGCGGGACAUGAGUAGUAACAAAAUGUAAACCAAACUCACAAUAUAUUAGUUACCUUUGACAUAUUAUUCACACUUCGCGAUAUGUAUAUAACUAGUGCUGAAUGUGUCUACCUCAGUUGAAUAUUAAAUAUAUAUCACAUAUAUAUAAAUAGUCAAAUAAAGUUAUCCUUUAGUGAUUUAGUAAUUCUUCACUAAUUUAGCUCUUUGUCAAUGUUUUCAAUAAAAACAUCAAAAUCGGAUUACUAAUACGUUAGAAGAUAAUUUACAUUCUCAUUGAAUGUAUAGAGAACAUCAUCCUAAGAUAUUAUAAAAUUGAGAAUAUGUGUACUCCAACAUGUAUUCAAUAAAGUUUAAGUAUAAUAUAUUUUACGUUUUACCCUGUAUUCUGUAUUGUACUUGUGUUUUAUGUUUCACCAGAGCAUAUUUUGCAUUGUUAUACCAACAGUGGGGAAGAUACAAGAGAAGAUAUACAGACGAUACACAGCGAAGCAGGUGUCAGCAUCGAGAUUGGUACAUAUCUCCCUGCCGUUGCAUGAUCCUUGCGCGCUGAUUUUGAAAGUUGAUUACGAUUCCACAUGCACACCGAAGGCCGGUCGCAUCCUGUAUACUACGAUGCUGGUGAGGGUAGCAGCGAUCUUGACUAAUUUUCCUGGUGAAUGCGCGUCACUCAAGCUCCACAUUGUUAUCUGGUCGCCGCUGAUGUUUCUUCGCUCACGUACGAACUCUUUUUCAUAUCCCGGUGUGUCCCGAAUUACGACACAGUGAUUAUACGGCAAAGUGAUAGCGUUACAAUUGUAUAUACACAACUAUAUGGUGUACAUGCAUCAAAGAUAGAAUACAUGAUAGCAAGAAGUUAUUUUUCUUCCUAUCAUUUCUCGUACUCACCCAAUUACAUAUACAUAGCGCGUACAAAACUUUAAAAAAUACUAAAUACACAUUUACAUAUAUGUAUAUAUUCCACACUAAAUCAUCUUUAAUGUAUAGUAGUGUAUAGUAGUUAUUCAAUUCGUAAUACAUUUUUUCAAACUAAACAUCGAAAAAAAAUCUAUCUUUUGGAAAAACUGUUUAAAAAACCAUUAAACGUUGAAAAUAUUUUUAUGUAGUAGGUAAUGCAAUAUGUAAUAGCUGAAUAUACAAACAGAAUAUGUGUAACGCGAAUCAAUUUUUAUAAAUAUGAAUUUAGCUGCAAUAUAAGGAAUUCUGAAUAAAAUAUGUUACUAUAAAAAGAAAAAUACAUUUGCAAUAAAAGUAAAAUAAAUUAUAAUGAAAGAACAAAAUUCAAGAAUGACGGAUCGAUAAAUCUUUCAAGAGUACAACCAUAUUUCACAAAAGCAUACAGCCGAAUGAAACGAGCGAAAAUACUAUUAAAGAAAACACGAACUGAGCUUGCGUAAAAUUUGAGAAAGAUAUUAUUUUAUGACUCUUUUUCUGUAGGAAAUGAACAUCCGCUGAAUUUCUUUCCCCAUCAUAUCGAUCGCAAAAUAGUCGACUUAUAUCCCAGCCAAUUGUCCAAGAAUUAUUUUGAUAGUGCGAUGGUAUCGCACCAUUUAUACUUAUGCACAUUUGAGCACUUAGUAAUAUUACGCUCUUACAUAACAGAAAUGUUUAAAGAUUUUCAUCUUCAAGAGAUUGCGUAAUAGGCGACUUCUACUGCAGCUAAUUGUCACAGAAUUAUUUUGGUAGUGCGAAGAUAUCGUGCAUUAUUUGCCUUAUAUUUAUGCAGAACUGAGGAAUUAGAAAUGUUACGCUUUCAUAAAAGAAAUUUUCAAACAUUUUAAACCUAUUUCUAUCUUUUUUAAUCUUUUCUUACGAUUAUUAAUCAAUCGCCAUUUAACAGAUACAACAUUAAGUGGUACGUAACUCCUUUAUAUAUACAAAGGAUAAUUUUGUUCCUAUUGCAAAGAGGCACUAGAAAUUGUCAAAUUGUUGUUGGUGGACUGUUCGUGGUAUCUAUGGAAAGUGCGACCAUGGUAAAUUUAUGCCACAUCAUAUCAUCUUAUAAAAUUACAUCAUACUAAAAUCUUCAAAUUAGCAUGAACUAUGCAAAUACCAAUGCAAAAUAUGUUUCAGGUGUUAAGCACUUCCAUAUCGUAUUUCACCGUUCUCCAUUCUAUACAGCAAAAUGAUGAAACUAAAUAGCUAAAAUAAGUUUAUGGCGUUUCGAUUAGAUCAAAUUAAAAUUAGAUUCUACAUACUAGAGAAUUCUGAAGUAACAUUCUUACUGUCGAACGGAGAAGAAAGUUUUAAUCAACGGAGCAACUCAUGAUAUUUUCCUGCACAAUUAAAGGAUAUAAAUUCGCAACAGUGGAUGUAUCGUAUCAAUUUAUUGGUGUUUUUUUAAUCAAAAAUUUAAAGUAAUCUAUAUAUGUACACAAGUUUAUAAUAUAGCACUUGUGCGUAUAUAAUUACAUAUUAUAAUUUGUGCGUAUCUAAUUACAUAGUAUAAAUAUGUGCGCGGAAUGAUUAGUAACAAAAUGUAAACCAAACUCACCAUACAUUAUUUAACUUUGACAUGUUAUUCAUAUUUCGUGAUAUAUAACCAGUGCUGAAUGUAUACCUGAUUUGAAUAUCAAAUAUAUGUCACGUACAUAUAUCAAAUAAAGUUUUCCUUUGUAAGUGAUUAUUCACUAAUUCACCUUUUUUUAAUACAUUCGCACUGCAAUAAAAGAAAGAACUGGAUUAUUACAUCUUUCCAGAAUACAACCGUAUCGCAUGAAAGUCUAGACUUGACUGAAAUGGGCGAAAAUAUAAUAUUAAGGAAAACACGAUUUGCGCUCGCGUGAAAUUUGAAAGAGAUAUUUUAUGACUUUUUUUCUGUGAGAACUAAACAUCCGCUGAAUUACUUUCCUCGUUAUAUCGAUCGCGUAAUAGUCUUAUACCCCAGCCAAUUGUCACAUAGUUAUUUUGAUAGUGCGAUAAUAUCGGCACUAUUUGUCUUCUACUUAUGCAAAAUUGACCAAUUAGAAAUAUUACGCUUACAUAAAAAACAUUUUAAAAUAUCUUUUUCUAAAAUAAAAAUAUAAACCCUUCAUCUGAUAUUUCUCGAUCAAACGUUCCUUGAUAUUCGCAAAAUGACGAUCUGCGUUGUGGAUCAGCAUUUUAGUCUGAAUAAAAUACUUUUGCGUGCAGUUGCCUUAUGGCCUUAUCGUCGAACAAAACUAAUUGACUUUCAUCUUUUCUUGGUUCUUGUUAUUUUAAUUAGCUUUAUCCUGGUCCAGUUGACAACCUUUCUAACUACAGAAUGGACAUCUGAUGUGGCAAUUAAAAUUUUAUCCUCUGCAUUGUAUUCCACUAUAUAUGUAGUAAAAUAUAAUUCCUUCUGGUUUAAUGCCAAUACGAUAAGAUGUCUAUUCGAGAAAUUUCAAUAUAUAUAUGACGAGCUAACAGACGAUAGCGAAAUCGCUAUCAUAAAAGAAUAUGGGCACGAGGCGAAACGUUUUACAAUUUUAAUGUCAUUAUCCGGCGUGUUUAGUUCAAUAACUAUGUGUCUUCUACCAAUUUUUCCGCGAAUUCUUGGUAUUUUUAUGUCCAUAAAUGUGUCGGAAGAACAUUUUAUGAUACAUAUUCCGAGAGAAUACUUUAUCGAUCAAGAGAAGUAUUACUAUUGUAUUUUGCUACACAUGGACGUUAGCUUCUUUAUGGGAGCAAUGAUAUUAGUAGCAACAGGAACACUGAUAUUUAGCUGCAUCAAAUAUAUAUGCGGAUUAUUUAGAAUCGCCAGUUGUCGUAUUGAUCAAACAGUGGAGUGUCCCAUGUUUCAAAGUGCCGGUUUGUCGAAGGAUUUUAUACUUUAUAAAAAGAUUGUACAUGCCAUAGACAUUCAUCGCAAAGCAAUAGAAUUAUGUGAUAUGCUAAAAUCUAAUUUCGUGGGAACAUGUUUUUUACUAGUGUUAGUUGGUGUUAUUUCCUUAAGUCUCAAUCUUUAUGGGCUUCACCAGGCUAUGAUGCUUGGAAGCGCCACGGAGGAAUAUUUAGUGUAUGUUAAAUGUAUGCUUGUCAUUCUAAUAUACAUGUUCGUAGGCAAUUACAUCGGACAAGAAAUUGCAGAUCACCAUAACCAUAUGUUUAUCAGCAUAUACAACAUUAAGUGGUACGUAACUCCUUUAUAUAUACAAAGGAUAAUUUUGUUCCUGUUACAAAGAGGCACUAGAAAUUUUCAAAUUGUUGUUGGUGGACUGUUCGUGGUAUCUAUGGAAAGUGCGACCAUGGUAAGUUUAUGCCACAUCAUAUCAUCUUAUAAAAUUACAUCAUAUAACAAUCUACAAAUUAGCAUGAACUAUGCAAAUAACCAAUGCAAAAUGUGUUUCAGUUGUUAAGCACUUCCAUAUCAUAUUUCACCGUUCUCCAUUCUAUACAGCAAAAUGAUGUAACUAAAUAGCUAAAAUGAGUUUAUGGCGUUUCGAUUAGAUCGAAUUAAAAUUAGAUUCUACAUACUAGAGAAUUCUGAAGUAACAUUCUUACCGUCGAACGGAGAAGAAAGUUUUAAUCAACGGAGCAACUCAUGAUAUUUUCCUGCACAAUUAAAGGAUAUAAAUUCGCAACAGUGGAUGUAUCGUAUCAAUUUAUUGGUGUUUUUUUAAUCAAAAAUUUAAAGUAAUCUAUAUAUGUACACAAGUUUAAAAUAUAGUACUUGUGCGUAUAUAAUUACAUAUUAUAAUUUGUGCGUAUCUACUUACAUAUUAUAAAUAUGUGCGCGGAAUGAUUAGUAACAAAAUGUAAACCAAACUCACCAUACAUUAUUUAACUUUGACAUGUUAUUCAUAUUUCGUGAUAUAUAACCAGUGCUGAAUGUAUACCUGAUUUGAAUAUCAAAUAUAUGUCACGUACAUAUAUCAAAUAAAGUUUUCCUUUG